AUCAAAGCCGUACGGAGUUUUCAGGAGGGUGGUCGCGUUACGCUCGGAACUUUCUUGAACAGACGGAAUCCUUUCGAGUAGUAUAUAUAAAUAUAUAUAUAUGAUUUGGUUCGCGCAACAGCAAAAGUAAAAAAAUGACGGAACGUCGUGUGAUUUGACAGUGAAGAAACAUUUAAUGGGAAAAGUGCCUCGGUAUCCUGUGAUAUCCGGAUUCUGGCCAGCGUACCGACAUUGGUAAUCAGUGAACGGAAGGAAGGCUCGAGGCGCGGAACGCGAAAGGGUGAGACAGGGGUGAACUGGCGGAGGGUGAGGCUGAAGUGAUGACGGGCGAGGAAGGAAAGUGCGGGGGUGGAACUGGCACUGGCGGGGAUGCCGGUGUGGGAAAUACGAACCUUACCGACAACGUGAACAAUGUUAACGCCAAUGUACAUACGAAUGUUAAUACCAACAUAAAUGUCAGCCAACAGAAUGGGGGACCGGAAAAAGCGCCCGUCGUCGGCGGUACCAAUGUGGAAACCUUACCACGCGCUGGCAAACAGAGCGACCCUAGUACGGCAUUUCUUCGUGCGGCUCGCGCAGGGCAGCUGGAAAAGGUUUUGGAGUACUUGGAAUCGGGAGUGGACAUUAAUGCUUCAAAUGCUAAUGGCUUAAACGCUUUACAUCUGGCAGCUAAAGAUGGACAUUUGGAAAUCGUCAGAGAACUUCUUAACCGUGGAGCAGUGGUCGAUGCUGCUACCAAAAAGGGAAAUACGGCAUUACAUAUCGCUUCUCUUGCUGGACAGGAGGAGGUGGUACAAUUGCUGGUACAACGAGGUGCUUCUGUGAAUGCACAAUCGCAAAAUGGGUUCACACCACUGUAUAUGGCCGCACAGGAAAAUCAUGAUUCUGUAGUCAAGUUCCUUCUGAGUAAAGGUGCCAAUCAAACAUUGGCUACUGAGGAUGGCUUCACCCCAUUAGCAGUAGCGAUGCAACAGGGUCACGAUAAGGUAGUAGCAGUUCUGUUGGAAAAUGACACUCGUGGUAAAGUUCGAUUGCCUGCCCUCCACAUUGCUGCCAAGAAAGACGAUUGCAAAGCAGCUGCCCUACUUUUACAAAACGAUCACAAUCCCGACGUAACAUCGAAGAGCGGUUUUACACCGCUUCACAUUGCUGCUCAUUAUGGUAACGAUCGAAUUGCCUCCUUGCUUUACGACAGAGGAGCAAACGUAAAUUUUGCAGCGAAGCAUAAUAUUACGCCGAUGCACGUUGCAGCAAAAUGGGGAAAAAUAAAAAUGGUGAAUCUUCUGAUGAGCAAGGGAGCAAAUAUCGAAGCGAAAACGAGAGAUGGCCUUACGCCGCUUCACUGCGCCGCACGAUCUGGUCAUCACGAAGUUGUUGACAUUUUAAUCGAGAAAGGGGCACCAAUUGGUUCAAAGACGAAGAAUGGUCUUGCGCCGUUGCACAUGGCUUCUCAAGGAGACCACGUUGACGCUGCGAGGAUAUUAUUGUAUCAUCGAGCACCCGUGGAUGAAGUGACGGUAGAUUACUUGACGGCGCUACACGUGGCAGCUCAUUGCGGACACGUACGAGUAGCUAAGCUUCUACUCGAUAGAAAUGCUGAUCCAAACGCACGAGCUCUAAACGGCUUUACUCCACUCCAUAUUGCUUGCAAGAAGAACAGACUGAAGGUCGUUGAGCUCCUCUUAAAGCACAAAGCUAGCAUCGAAGCCACUACAGAGUCUGGAUUGACGCCUCUACAUGUAGCAAGCUUCAUGGGGUGCAUGAAUAUAGUGAUUUAUUUACUGCAACACGCAGCUAGUCCCGAUAUACCGACAGUAAGAGGCGAAACGCCUUUGCAUUUAGCUGCCAGAGCGAAUCAGACUGAUAUUAUCAGGAUACUUCUUAGAAAUGGUGCCCAAGUUGACGCCAGAGCAAGGGAAGAACAAACUCCACUUCAUGUUGCUUCUCGAUUGGGCAAUGUUGAUAUCGUGAUGUUAUUACUUCAACACGGUGCCGAUGUAGAUGCUACUACAAAAGAUUUAUACACACCACUUCAUAUUGCUGCUAAAGAAGGUCAAGAAGAGGUUGCAUCCGUUUUGUUAGAAAACAGUGCAUCGCUCACCGCGACGACUAAAAAGGGAUUCACUCCUUUACAUUUGGCAGCUAAGUAUGGUAACAUGAAUGUAGCGAGAUUAUUGUUGCAGAAGAAUGCACCAGUUGAUGCUCAAGGAAAGAAUGGAGUGACUCCACUUCAUGUGGCAUCUCACUAUGAUCACCAAAAUGUAGCAUUGCUUCUACUUGAUAAGGGUGCAUCACCUCACGCUAUGGCUAAAAAUGGCCAUACACCAUUACAUAUUGCUGCACGUAAGAAUCAGAUGGAUAUUGCAACUACUUUAUUGGAAUACGGAGCAAAAGCAAAUGCAGAAUCAAAAGCAGGAUUUACGCCGCUACAUUUGAGUGCACAAGAAGGUCACACCGAUAUGUCAACGCUACUUAUUGAACACAAAGCGGAUACAAAUCACAAGGCAAAGAAUGGUCUCACGCCGCUUCACUUGUGCGCACAAGAAGACAAAGUUAAUGUUGCCUCUAUUCUCGUUAAAAAUGGUGCUCAAAUUGAUGCUAAAACAAAGGCUGGUUAUACUCCGCUACACGUGGCAGCUCAUUUUGGUCAAGCAGCGAUGGUACGAUUCCUUUUACGAUCUGGAGCAGUUGUUGACAGUAGCACGAAUGCUGGGUAUACUCCAUUGCAUCAAGCUGCCCAACAGGGUCAUACGUUAGUGAUUAAUUUACUGCUGGAGGGUAAAGCGAAACCGAACACUACUACUAAUAAUGGACAAACAGCUUUAGAUAUUGCACAAAAACUUGGUUACAUUAGCGUCAUCGAGACAUUGAAGGUAGUUACAGAAACCGUCAUUACAACGACUCAUACAGUUACUAUUGAAGAAAAAUACAGAGUACAAGCUCCUGAAUCAAUGCAAGAGACGUUUAUGAGCGAUAGCGAAGACGAAGGGGGUGGUGAUGAAAUCGGCAUGGCAGCCAUGAAUGUGUACGGGCAGCCUCCACACGCGCAACACGUGUACCUUCCUUCUUACUACCGGGGCCAAAUGACCUAUACCCGUGAAGAUCCGAUGCUUAGCGACCAACAGCAAUAUCGAUACAUGACUGUUGACGAUAUGAAAUCCAUGGGGGAUGACUCGAUGCGCGUCAACGUGACUGAUGACGAGAGAGACAAUCGACAUUCCGGAGCACCAAUGAUAACCGAGAUGAUCACAAAAGAAAAUUAUCAACGUACAAACGCUGCCAAUCUCAAACUAGACAAUGUUGAUAUUAAUAGGCACCCAGUACACGUCGGAUUUUGUUCUGAGAUCAGAGCGUCCCUAGAGUCCCUAAAUACAUCGCUGGCAGCUCUUGGUACCAUGUCGAAAGGACAAGGAAUGUGGAGGGACAGCUUCCUGGUUUCCUUUCUGGUGGAUGCACGAGGUGGUGCGAUGCGUGGCUGCAGACAUAGUGGUGUACGUGUAAUCGUUCCUCCUAGAAAAGCCGCAAUGCCUAUGCGCGUUACGUGCAGAUAUUUGAGAAGGGACAAAUUGACGAACCCACCGCCUUUGAUGGAAGGGGAGGCUCUUGCCAGCCGUAUCCUUGAACUAGGACCCGUGGGUGCCAAAUUCUUAGGACCUGUCAUCAUAGAAGUACCACACUUUGCGUCGUUGCGGGGCAAGGAACGAGAAAUAGUAAUACUUCGAUCGGAUAAUGGAGAAACUUGGCGCGAGCAUACCUUGGAAGCCAGCGAGGAGGCUGUCCAAGAUGUGCUUAACGAGAGCUUUGAAGGAGAAGAAUUAAGCCAGCUCGAGGAUCUCCAAACUUCCCGAAUCGUAAGGAUACUCACUGCAGACUUCCCACAUUACUUCGCAGUAGUGUCUCGCAUCAGGCAAGAGGUUCAUGCAGUUGGGCCAGAAGGUGGUACAGUUUCUUCAUCGGCUGUCCCACAAGUUCAGGCUGUUUUCCCACCAGCAGCUCUUACUAAAAAGAUCAGAGUUGGACUCCAGGCACAUCCAAUACCAGCAGAUCUUGUAGCCAAGUUGCUUGGUAACAGAGUGGCGGUAUCACCAAUCGUAACCGUUGAGCCAAGGCGAAGAAAAUUCCACAAACCGAUAACCUUAACUAUACCGGUGCCGCAAGCAGCCAACAAAGGCAUGAUCAAUCAAUAUUCAGGAGACGCACCGACGUUGAGACUUCUGUGCAGCAUAACUGGGGGUCAGUCUCGGGCAGUCUGGGAGGAUGUCACCGGUUCGACGCCAUUGACGUUCGUGAAAGAUUGCGUUUCCUUUACUACCACGGUAUCUGCUCGCUUCUGGUUAAUGGAUUGUCGGAAUAUCUCCGAAGCCACGAAAAUGGCUACGGAGUUAUACACGCACGCGACACAUGUACCUUUUAUGGCUAAAUUUGUAGUAUUUGCAAAGCGAGUAGAUCCACUGGAGGCAAGGCUGCGCGUAUUUUGUAUGACCGACGAUAAAGAAGAUAAGACCUUAGAAAAUCAAGAGCACUUCACGGAAGUUGCGAAGAGCCGAGACGUCGAGGUACUGGAAGGUAAAACACAGUAUAUGGAAUUUUCGGGUAACCUUGUGCCAGUAUUGAAGAGCGGCGAGCAGCUUCAAUUACCGUUCAGAGCAUUCAAAGAGAAUAGAGUUCCGUUCACAGCGAGAAUAAAGGAUCCGGACGCUGCGGACAUGAUGGGUCGCAUAAUGUUCAUGAGCGAGCCGAAGGUUCCUAAGGGCGAGUUGCCGCAGACGCCGAUUUGCACGUUAAAUAUUUUAUUGCCAGAGAAAAUUUCUUCGGAUCCCGCUGCCUCGGAGGUGGAUUUGUUAGAGCUGUCGAAGAAUUAUAGUUUUCUACGCGACGGCGGCAUAAGUCGUCCAGACGCUAUUCACAGAGCAACCAUUCGGUUGACUGAUAUCGCAAAUCUGUUGGAUAAAGACUGGGAAAAACUCGCGGAAGAGUUAAAUAUUCCGCCAAACGAGGUAUCAACGAUUAAACAAGAGUAUGCGAAUAAACCAGCCCAGCAAGCCGCAGCGAUGCUUAAAGUUUGGCAGAGCAAUGGAAACAAAGCUACAGGCAAUACUUUGGAAAAAGCAUUGAACAAAAUUGGCCGCGAGGACAUUGUGAGAAAGUGUAUAUUCAAUGUCGAAUUGGUCACUGAUGACGUAGAAAAGGCUGUCGCGAGAGUUCGACUAGAUCAACCUGGAUUUGAUUCCUUAAAAGAAGAAUUGGGUCCUUCAAGGGACACUUCUCUUCGCCGUGAUGCAACGAUGGAUCCAAAGAUGAAUCCUGACUAUGAUGAUUAUAACAAAAGCAAGGAAUCUGGAUCUAUGGAAGACUUGAAUAUCAGUGACACUAAACACGAUACAUCGAUACAGCAUGUCACGAUCACAAACGGCACUGUAUUCAAUGGAACCUCGACCCCCAUCAAAGAUAAAUACGCAAGCGAAGAGAAAGAAUUAGGGGACACAAUGGCCGAAUUUCUCGAGCACAAAUGUCACGUUGCCGAUACGAUGAGCAAAAAGUCACGCGAUGAAGUUGACGACAAAGACAAAAAACGACAGAGGGUGAUCGCAGACGCCAACAAAAUAGUUUCUGGUGUAAUAGCAGACGCAGAGAAAAAGAAGGAGAAGUUAGCGAAGGAAGGGUGGUCGGUGGUUUGUGAUGAUGAUGCGCGGGACAAUAAAGAGGCAAGAGGUGCUAUAGUUCAAAGUUUUGUUAGGGAUCAAUUCGUUGACAAAGAGCCUAAGGAUAAGGUCGUUAAGUCCGAUGAAAAACUAAUUGUCGAUCGAACGCCAGUUAUCGAACCACCGAUAAUUAAACAACGUUACAUUCGCGAUGGGAAGGGAGAUGCGAUUAUCGCAUCGAAAACUAUAGUUUCAGCCAUCGACGAUAAGACGCAACUACCAGUGAUUACUCAGACUAUCACGAUUAAAGAGAUAGAUCAAACGAUACCCACAGACACAGCGACGAUCUCCAAUGGUAAACAGAUUAUCAUAAGCAAAAAGGAAAUGCUGUCUAAAGAAGGUAAGGAAAUUGAUGAAAAACUAACAACUCCUAGCAUAAGUAUUAAAAAACAAGGUGUAAAAUUGCCAGAAAAAGCUAAAGAAGUUCCACAAGACGAACAGAAGCAAGAAUUGCCGAAAGAGGCUGUUGCCAAGACUAACAUUCCAAAAGAAGCGAAACCUGCGAUUGAUAAGCAAAUAUCUGCUUAUGAGACCGUUUACAAUGUUCAGUAUCCAUCUACACAGCCAGACGAGAAGCCAAAAGAUAAGAGCGGAGGCAUACUCUCAGGCAUUUUCAAGGGAUCCAAACUUAAGAAGAGCAAGUCGAAAGGGUCGAAGGACACGUCCUUGGACAGUGGCGACGAAGAAAUAAAAGUACCAGUGCCUACAGCUACGGAACAUCAAACGCAGCAACCUACUUUCGUUUCAUAUGAUACACACGUAGAUUACAAACCUAUCGAAGCGAGCGUGUUACCUGACGUUAAAUUGGCUACCAUGCAAUUUUUAGAUGACUCCAGGCGCAGUGAUUUGAAUGUACACGUACCUGAUAUCGCAGUGAGCUCGACUCAAAUCGAGAGAAGGGAGGUGAAAGAGGAACCGAAAGUAACGGUCAAAGAAUCAGAUGAUCGUACUGGAACCAUGGCAAGUGAUGCAAGCGACCAAGAGAAAGAGAAGGGUGGUGGUUUCUUUGGUAUAUUUAAGAGCCCUAAAUCAAAAGAGAAAAAGUUAAAGAAAAGCAAGGAAGCAUCAUUCGACAGUGGUGACGAAGAACUUCGAAUCGCCACAGAGAAAUUCUUGGACGAUACACGAAAGAUUGCUGAAACUACCAUUGUUCCUUCUGCUCCUAAAGUCGACACGAAACAAGACCUGCAUACGUUUUCGUCGUCGGUUCAUUACGAGGAAGAUACACCUAAAGAUAAAAUAAACGGACACUCAUAUGAUAUCUCGGAAGUAAAAAAGAAAUUAGACACAGAUAGAAGUACUCCUCACAAAGAAAUGAAUGGAAAAUCAGAUAUUAAGAAACAUAAAGACCAGAAAGAACACAGCGUGGAAAGGUAUACCGGUAAGCCAGAAGCAAAGCUAGAAUCACCGGAUAAACAAAAAGAAGAUGAAAGGGAAAUAGAUGAGGAAGGUAAAGAUAAGAGCGGUGGAUUCUUUGGCAUGUUCAAGAGUCCAAAACUGAAAAGUAAAAAGAGAAGUUCAUCCAGAGAGAAGAAUUCAUCUAAAGAAGCAUCCUUCGACAGUGGAGAUGAAGAAACACGACAAUUGACAGCCACUUUCUUGGACGACACUAAAAAGAUUGCAGACAGUCUGCAUCAUGAAGAUUGGAAACCAAUUCCUGAAAAAGUAACAACUGAUACGGCCCCUGAUGAAUCUGCAGACUCUGCAGAUAAAGACAAGGGAAGUGGAAUCUUCAGCAAAUUCCGAAGUCCAAAAUUGACUAGAGCAUCGCGAAGCAGGUCCCGGGAAAAGAGCACUUCACCGCAAGAACCAGUAACAAGUCCAGAUAGUUCAAUCCGAGAAGCUACUGCGAAAUUCCUAGAAGAUACAAGAAACCUUGCAAAUCUAUCAUUCGAUGUACCAGACAAAGUAGACGAUGCGAAGAAAGCGAAAGAGAAAAUAACAAUAGAAAUCACGGAAGAUGUUGAUGAUACCAAGAAGAAAAUAUCAUCAGGAAUAGAUGUAAUUGUAGAUGGCACAGAGACAGCAAAAGAUAAAGCUGCGAAAGAAGCUAAGAAAGCCAAGGAAAAGACAGGUGGAUUUUUAUCUGGAUUAUUCAAAGGUACAAAACACGCUGCAGAUGAAGCUACUGAAGAACUCAAGGAUGCUCUUGAUGAAACAAAGAAAGAAGUCCUUGAAGGAAAAGAUAGUGCACGGGAAGUGGUAGAAGGGAAAUUGAAAGAUCUCGACGCUACAAAAGACAAAGCAGUUUCAGAAGCAAAGCAAGGGCAGGAAAAGAUCACGAUUGUUGUAAAAGACACUAAAGAUGCGAUUAGUAAAAAGGUAUCUGAGGCUGCGCAGCAAGUUUCGGAUACCGGUAAAGCUGUUGGUGAAAAGGUAGCUGAUGGAGGAAAGCGAGUCACAGAAAAGGUAGAUACUAUCAUACAUGGUGUGACUGAUAGCGUGGACGCUACAAAGGACAAAACAGCUGCAUACUCAAAAGAUGUUAAAGACGCAAUUGUAACAGGUGCUAAAGACGCUAAAGAUACGGUUAUAAUGGGUGCAAAAGAAGCGGAGCAUAAAGUAAGUGAAAAAGUAACCGAUGGAACGCAGAAAGUAACCGACACUGGUAAAGUAGUUUCCGGUAAAGUAGUCGAAGGAGUAAAGGAUGUUGAGAUAAAAGCAGAAUCAGCUACACGAGGCGUGAUUGACGGCGCAAAGGCAACGAAAGAUAAAGUAACUAAAGAGAUUAAAGAAGAUACUGAAAUAGCGAAAGAAAAGAUAUCAUCUGGAAUAGAUACAGUGGUAGACGGUGCAGCAGCAACAAAGGAUAAGGCUGCAAAAGAAGCUAAAAAGGCCAAGGAAAAGACUGGUGGCUUCCUUUCAGGAUUUUUCAGAAGUGCAAAGCACGCGGCAGAUGAAGUUUCUGAAGACGUCAAAGACUUCGUCGAUGAAAGAAAGAAGGAGGCUGCAGAAGAGACAGCUCGUGCUCGUGAGAAAACAGCAGCAAAGUUAAAGGACGCUGAUGCAGCGAAGGAUAAAGCUGUUGCAGAAGCAAAGGCCGCGAAGGACAAAGUUACAGCUACUGUGAAGGAUGCUAAAGACGCAGUAGAUGAAAAAGUAUCAGAAGCUGCAGAGAAACUGUCUGAUGCUGAGAAAGUGUUUGGCAAAAAGACAGCUGAUGAACUGACGCGUAUCGAAGAAAAAGUUGAUGGCGCGAUCCAUGUUGUGGUUGAUGGCGUAGUAACAACGAAGGAAAAGGCAGCUGCGACAGCGAAGGAUGCUAAAGACACAGUUGCAGCAGGUGCAAAAGAUGCAAAAACUAAAGUAAUAACAGUUGCGAAAGAUACAAAGGAUACAGUAAGUGAAGGGAUUACAGGUGGCGUUGAAAAGGUGAAAGAUACAGGCAAAGCUGUCACUGAUAAAAUUGUUCAGCAAGCAAAGGACGCGGAGGCAAAAGCUGAAGCUGCUGCAAGAAGUGUGGCUGAAGAUGCUAAAGCAACAAAAGACAAAGUAGCGAAAGAAGUUAAAGAAGAUACUGAAGCAGUAAAACAUAAGAUAGCAUCCGGAAUAGACUCAGCAGCAGAUACUGCAGCGGCAGCGAAAGAUAAGGCUGCUAAAGAAGCUAAAAAAGCUAAAGAAAAGACCGGUGGUUUUCUCUCUGGUCUAUUCAAAGGUGCAAAACAUUCUGUAGAUGAAGUUUCAGACGACGUUAAAGAGUUCCUUGAGGAAACGAAGAGGGAAGCAUCAGAAGAGAAAGACCGUCUACGUGCUGCUACAGACGCAAAAUUGAAAGAUGUAGAAGCAGCGAAAGAUAAAGCAUCUGCAGAUGCUAAAGAUGCAAAAGACAAGCUUGCAACCGCUGCGAAAGAUACUAAAGACGCAUUAUUCACAAAAGUGUCUGAUGCUACGCACAAGGUAUCAGAUGCAGGUAAAACUGUUGGUGAGAAAGUAAGUGAUGAACUGAAAAGAGCUGAAGAGAAAACUGAAAGUGUAGCUCGGGGAGUGGUCGAUGGAGCAAAAGAGGUGAAAGACAAAGCCGCUACAGAUAUGAAAGACGCAAAAGGAAAAGUUCUAACUGCUUCGAAGGACAUCAAGGAUGAAGUCAGCGACAAAGUAGUUGAAGGUGCACAGAAAGUAGCUGACACUAGUAAAGCAGUUGGUGACAAAGUAGCUGAAGGAGUGAAAAGUGCAGAAGCGAAGGUUGAGGCAUCAGCGAAAGGAGUAAGUGAUAGUGCAAAGGAAACGAAAGACAAGGUUGCAAAAGAAAUUAAAGAAGAUGUCGACACUGUAAAGCAGAAGGUAUCUUCUGGUAUUGAUGGAGUUGCAGAUAGCGCCGCAGCUGCGAAGGAUAAAGCUAGCAAGGACGCAAAGAAAGCAAAAGAGAAGGCAGGUGGUUUCUUCUCGGGUAUCUUCAAGAGCGCAAAACACGCGGCAGAUGAAGUUUCUGAAGACGUCAAAGACUUCGUUGAUGAAAGGAAGAAGGAGGCCGCAGAAGAGACAGCUCGUGCUCGUGAGAAAACGGCAGGAAAGUUAAAGGACAUUGAUGCAGCGAAGGAUAAAGCUGUUACAGAAGCAAAGACCGCGAAGGAUAAAGCUGUUGCAGAAGCAAAGGCCGCGAAGGACAAAGUAACAGCUACUGUGAAGGAUGCUAAAGACGCAGUAGAUGAAAAAGUAUCGGAAGCUGCAGAGAAACUGUCUGAUGCUGAGAAAGUGUUUGGCAAAAAGACAGCUGACGAAGUGACGCGUAUUGAAGAAAAAGUGGAUGGCGCGAUCCAUGUUGUGGUUGAUGGCGUAGUAACAACAAAGGAAAAGGCAGCUGCGACAGCGAAGGAUGCUAAAGACACAGUUGCAGCAGGUGCAAAAGAUGCAAAAACUAAAGUAAUAACAGUUGCGAAAGAUACAAAGGAUACAGUAAGUGAAGGGAUUACAGGUGGCGUUGAAAAGGUGAAAGAUACAGGCAAAGCUGUCACUGAUAAAAUUAUUCAGCAAGCAAAGGACGCGGAGGCAAAAGCUGAAGCUGCUGCAAGAAGUGUGGCUGAAGAUGCUAAAGCAACAAAAGAUAAAGUAGCGAAAGAAGUUAAAGAUGAUACUGAAGCAGCAAAACAUAAGAUAGCAUCCGGAAUAGACUCAGCAGCAGAUACUGCAGCGGCAGCGAAAGAUAAAGCUGCUAAAGAAGCUAAAAAAGCUAAAGAAAAGACCGGUGGUUUUCUCUCUGGUCUAUUCAAAGGUGCAAAACAUUCUGUAGAUGAAGUUUCAGACGACGUUGAAGAGUUCCUUGAGGAAACGAAGAGGGAAGCAUCAGAAGAGAAAGACCGUCUACGUGCUGCUGCAGACGCAAAAUUGAAAGAUGUAGAAGCAGCGAAAGAUAAAGCAUCUGCAGAUGCUAGAGAUGCAAAAGACAAGCUUGCAACCGCUGCGAAAGAUACUAAAGACGCACUAUUCACAAAAGUGUCUGAUGCUACGCACAAGGUGUCAGAUGCAGGUAAAACUGUUGGUGAAAAAGUAAGUGAUGAACUGAAAAGAGCUGAAGAGAAAACUGAAAGUGUAGCUCGGGGAAUGGUCGAUGGAGCAAAAGAGGUGAAAGACAAAGCCGCUACAGAUAUGAAAGACGCAAAAGGAAAAGUUCUAACUGCUUCGAAGGACAUCAAGGAUGAAGUCAGCGACAAAGUAGCUGAAGGUGCACAGAAAGUAGCUGACACCAGUAAAGCAGUUGGUGACAAAGUAGUUGAAGGUGUGAAAAGUGUAGAAGCGAAGGUUGAGGCAUCAGCGAAAGGAGUAAGUGAUGGUGCAAGGGAAACGAAAGACAAGGUUGCAAAAGAAAUUAAAGAAGGUGCCGACACUGUAAAGCAGAAGGUAACUUCUGGUAUGGAUGGAGUUGCAGAUAGCGCCACAGCUGCGAAGGAUAAAGCUAGCAAGGACGCAAAGAAAGCAAAAGAGAAGGCAGGUGGUUUCUUCUCGGGCAUCUUCAAGAGCGCAAAACACGCGGCAGAUGAAGUUUCUGAAGACGUCAAAGACUUCGUCGAUGAAAGGAAAAAGGAGGCUGCAGAAGAGACAGCUCGUGCCCGUGAGAAAACGGCAGGAAAGUUAAAGGACGUUGAUGCAGCAAAGGAUAAAGCUGUUGCAGAAGCAAAGGCGGCGAAGGAUAAAGCUGUUGCAGAAGCAAAGGCUGCAAAGGAUAAAGCUGUUGCAGAAGCAAAGGCCGCGAAGGACAAAGUAACAGCUACUGUGAAGGAUGCUAAAGACGCAGUAGAUGAAAAAGUAUCGGAAGCUGCAGAGAAACUGUCUGAUGCUGAGAAAGUGUUUGGCAAAAAGACAGCUGAUGAACUGACGCGUAUCGAAGAAAAAGUUGAUGGCGCGAUCCAUGUUGUGGUUGAUGGCGUAGUAACAACAAAGGAAAAGGCAGCUGCGACAGCGAAGGAUGCUAAAGACACAGUUGCAGCAGGAGCAAAAGAUGCAAAAACUAAAGUAAUAACAGUUGCGAAAGAUACAAAGGACACAGUAAGUGAAGGAAUUACAGGUGGCGUUGAAAAGGUGAAAGAUACAGGCAAAGCUGUCACUGAUAAAAUUGUUCAGCAAGCAAAGGACGCGGAGGCAAAAGCUGAAGCUGCUGCAAGAAGUGUGGCUGAAGAUGCUAAAGCAGCAAAAGAUAAAGUAGCGAAAGAAGUUAAAGAUGAUACUGAAGCAGUAAAACAUAAGGUAGCAUCCGGAAUAGACUCAGCAGCAGAUACUGCAGCGGCAGCGAAAGAUAAGGCUGCUAAGGAAGCUAAAAAAGCCAAGGAAAAGGCCGGCGGUUUUCUCUCUGGUCUAUUCAAGGGUGCAAAACAUACAACAGAUGAAGUUGCAGACGAUGUUACAGGGUUCCUUGAGGAAAGAAAGAGAGAAUCUUCAGAAGAAAAAGCUCUUGCGCACGCAGCAAUGGAAAAGAAGAUCGAAGAUGUGGCUGAAGCGACAGAUAAAGCAGUUGCAGGAAUUAAAGGCACAGCAGGUAAGAUCGUGACCUCCGCGAAAGACGCGAAGGAUAAAGUUGCAACGGAAAUACAGUAUACGGGAGAAAAGGUGGAAUCUGCAUCUCGAGAAAUAGGUGAUAGUGCAAAGGCAGCUAAAGACAAGGUGGUUACUGAUAUGAAAGACGUGAAAGACGAAACGUCAAUAGCUGUAAAGGAUAUUAAGGAUAAAAUCAGCGAGAAAGUAGCUGACAGCUCACAGAAGGUAAUAGACACUGGCAAGAAGAUAGAAGAAAAGAUCGCAACCAGUACAAAAACAGCUGGCGAUAAAGCAAAAGCAUCUGCUCACGAAGUAGCUGAAAAUGCAAAAUUAGCGAAAGAAAAACUGGAAAAAGAAGUUAGAGAAGAUACAGCUGCAAUGAAACAAAAGAUUUCAUCAGGUAUAGAUACGGUUGCAGAUGGUGCAGACACAGCAAAGGAAAAGAUCACGAAAGAAGCAAAGAAAACUAAGGAAAAAGGUGGAGGUUUCCUCUCGGGCCUGUUCAAAGGAGCAAAACACGCAGCUGAAGAGGUCUCCGAAGAGGUGAAGGAAUUCUAUGAUGAAACAAAGAAAGACGCAACUGAAGAAGAAGCACGUGCUCGUGCUUCUAUGGAAAAAACUCUAAAAGAUGUCGAUCUCGCAAAAGAUAAAGCAGUUGCAGAAGUGAAAGAUACAAAAGCUAAGAUAGCAACAGCUGUAAAAGACACCAAAGGUAAGGCCACUGACACUGUAUCUGAUGGUGUCCAAGCAGUGAAAGAUAUUGGUAAAACUGUGGGUGAUAAGAUAGUAGAUAGUACAAAACAGGCAGAAGCUAAAGCUGAAGCUGCUGCUUACAAGGUAGCUGAUGAUGCCAAAGCAGCGAAAGACAAAGUUGUUGCAGACGUAAAGGAUACUACAGAGACGAUAACAACUACAGCAAAGGACACGAAAGAUAAAAUCUCGGAGAAAACAUCAGAAGGAGCAGAGAAAGUAUCAGCCAUUACCAAAACUAUCGGUGAGAAAGUUGUAGAUGGUGUGGAGAAAGCUAAAAGCAAAACAGACACAGUUGUUCAUGGAUUAGCAGAGGACGCAAAAGUAAUGAAAGAUAAAGGAUCCAAGGAAAUUAAAGAUGACGCCAAUGCCGUGAAACAGACAGUUUCUUCUGGAAUAGGCGUUGUAGCAGACAGUGUUGCUGUAGCUAAAGACAAAGCAGCCAAAGAUGCUAAGAAAGCUAAAGAGAAGGGUAGCGGCUUCCUAAACGGGUUGUUUAAAAGUGCGAAGCAAGCGGCUGAUGACGUUUCAGUAGACGUUAAAGACUUUCUCGAAGAAGCAAAGAGAGAAGCCUCUGAAGAAAAAGCUCGUGCUCACGAAGCAAUGGAAAAGAAGAUUGAAGAUAUGGCUGCAGCAAAAGACAAGACAGCUACAGAAAUACAGGAUACGAAGGACAAAGUAGCAACUGCUGUAAAAGAUGCUAAGGUUACAGUUGGUGAAAAAGUAUCUGAAGCUGCGCAAAAGGUGUCAGAUGCUGGCAAAGCUGCUGGCGAAAAAGUAAUCGAUGGUGUGAAACGAGUUGAAGAACAAGUAGAUACUAAAGUUCAUGAUGUGGCUGACAGCGUAGUAUUAGCAAAGGAUAAGACUGCUGCUGAGAUUCAGGACGCUAAAGAUAAAAUGACGACGAUUGCUAAGGACAAAGUGGACAAAGUCAGCGAAAAAGUGAUCGACGGUAAGCAAAAAGUGACAGAUACUGAUAAAGCAUUAAAAGAAGGCAUCGUGGAUGGUGUUAAAAAGGUUGACGAUAAAGUGGAAGCAAUUGCAGAAGAGGUAGUGGGUGGCGCUAAAGCUGCAAAAGAUAAAGUAGUCACGGAUGUUAAGAAAGAUGCUGAAACUGUAAAGCAGAAAGUAUCUUCAGGAGUAGAUACAGUUGCAGAUAGUGUAACAUCUGCUAAGGACAAAGCUACGAAAGAAGCUAAAAAAGCCAAGGAGAAGACUGGCGGUUUCUUUUCUGGUUUAUUUAAGGGUGUAAAGCAUGCAGCAGAUGAAAUGUCCGAAGACGUCAAAGAAUUCGUGGAUGAAACGAAGAAAGAAGCUGUCGAGGAAGAAGCUCGUGCUCGUGAAGCAGCAGCAGAGAAAUUAAAAGACAUCGACACAGCGAAAGAUAAGGGAAUCGCAGUUGUGAAGGAUACGAAGGACAAAGUGGUAACAGGAGUAAAAGACACCAAGGAUAAAGUUAGCGAUAAAGUUUCUGAAGCUACACAAAAAGUAUCCGAUACUGGCAAAACUGUCGGCGAAAAAGUAACAGACAGUAUCAAACAUAUUGAAACAGUUGCAGGUGCUACUGUUCACCAAGUAGCAGAUGGUGCAAAAGCAGCGAAGGAUAAAGUGACGACCGAUGUAAAGGAUGUUAAAGAUAAAGUGGCAAUUGAUGUAAAGGAUAUUAAAGACAAAACUGCUGCGACUGCAAAGGAUACUAAAGACAAAAUUGCUGAGAAAGUAGUUGAGAGUGCGCAAAAGGUCUCAGACGCUGGUAAAGCUGUCGGAUAUAAAGUUGCAGAUGACGCAGGAAAAGCCAAGGAUAAAGUUGAAGCAGUUGCUCAUGAAAUAGCAACUGAGACGAAAGAAGUAAAAGGGAAAGUGUCUAAAGAAGUUCGCGAUGACGCUGAAACUGUGAAACAGAAAGUAUCAGGAGCAGUAGAUACAGUAGCAGAUACUGUACCAGCUGCGAAAGACAAAGUUGUUAAGGAAGCAAAGAAAGCUAAAGAAAAAGGUAGCGGUUUCCUUUCUGGAUUGUUCAAGGGAACAAAACACACUGCGGAUGAAAUUUCUGGAGACGUUAAGGACUUCCUCGAAGAAACUAAGAGGGAAUCCUCUGAAGAAAAAGCUCUUGCACACGCAGCAAUGGAAAAGAAGAUCGAAGAUAUGGCUGGAACGAAAGAUAAUGCAGUUACUGGAGUUAAACACACAACAGAGAAAAUUGUGGCCUCCGUCAAAGACACAAAGGAUGAUGUUGGGGCGAAAAUUUCUGGUGGCUUGCAGAAAGUAUCAGAUGCUGGUGCAGCUAUUGGUGAUAAAACAACAGAAGCAACUCAUGAAGUAACGGAUGAAGCUAAAUUAGUGAAAGACAAAGUAGCUUCAGACCUGAGGGAUGCUAAGGAGACAGUAACAACCACUGCAAAGGACACAAAAGAUAAAAUCACAGAGAAAGUAUCAGAAGGAAUACGAAAAAUAUCAGAUACUACCAAGGUCAUUGGCGAGAAGAUUGUUGAUGGGGUACAAAAAGUUGAAGAUAAAACGGUCACUGUUACUCACGGUAUUACUGAUGGCGCAAAGGCAGCAAAAGACAAAGCUGCUAAAGAAGUCAAGGAAGAUGCUGAAGCAGUAAAGCAAAAGGCAUCAUCUAGUAUAGAUGCAGUCGUAGAAGGUACAGAGGCAGCAAAGGACAAGACUGCGAAAGAAGCUAAGAAAGCCAAGGAGAAGACUGGCGGUUUCUUUUCUGGUUUAUUUAAGGGUGUAAAACAUGCAGCAGAUGAAAUGUCCGAAGACGUCAAAGAAUUCGUGGAUGAAACAAAGAAAGAAGCAGUCGAGGAGGAAACCCGUGCUCGUGAAGCAGCAGCAGAGAAAUUAAAAGACAUUGACGCAGCGAAAGAUAAAGCAGCUGCAGGAUUAAGAGACGCAAAAGAUAAGGUUGCAACUGCUGCGAAGGAUACCAAGGACACAAUGUUUACUAAAGUAUCAUAUACCACGCAAAAGGUAUCAGACGUAAGCCACGCUGCUGGUGAAAAGGUAGCUGAUGGAGUGAAACAGGCUGAGGAGAAAACCGGAAGUGCAGCUCGAGGAAUAGUCGAUGCCACAAAGGAGAUGAAAGAUAAAGUAGCAGCGGAUGUGAAAGAUGCUAAGGAUAAAACUGCUGCAGCCGCAAAGGACGCUAAAGAUAAAAUUUCUGAGAAGAUAAUUGGAGGUGCACAAAUGGUAGCGGACUCCGGUAAAGCCGUUGGAGACAAAGUUACAGGUGGAGCAGAAAAAGCCAAGGAUAAAGUUGAGAUAGUCGGCCAUGAAAUAGUAACUGAGACGAAACAAAUGAAAGACAAAGUAUCUAAGGAAAUUCAAGACGACGCUGAAGCAGUAAAACAGAAAGUUUCAUCAGGAGCAGCUGCAGUUGUAGAUGGAGCUGCCGCGGCAAAAGACAAAGCAGCCAAAGAAGCUAAGAAAGCUAAAGAAAAGGGUAGCGGUUUUCUAACCGGAUUGUUUAAGAGUACGAAGCAGGAAGCUGAUGACGUCUCAGGAGACGUUAAGGACUUUCUCGAAGAAGCAAAGAGAGAAGCAUCUGAAGAAAAAGCUCGUGCUAACGAAGCAAUGGAAAAGAAGAUUGAAGAAAUGGCUGCAGCAAAAGACAAGACAGCUACAGAAAUACAGGAUACGAAGGACAAAGUAGCAACUGCUGUAAAAGAUGCUAAGGUUACAGUUGGUGAGAAAGUAUCUGAAGCUGCGCAAAAGGUGUCAGAUGCUGGCAAAGCUGCUGGCGAGAAAGUAAUCGAUGGUGUGAAACGAGUUGAAGAACAAGUAGAUACUAAAGUUCAUGAUGUGGCUGACAGUGCACAAGCAGCGAAGGAUAAAGUAGUAACGGAUGUGAAAGAUGCUGCAGACAAAGCUGCAUCUGCUGCCAAAGGUACAAAGGAUAAAAUCAGCGAAAAAGUAACUGAAGGUACGCAAAAAAUCUCAGACAGUGGUAAAAUGGUAGGAGAGAAAAUAGUGGAUGGUGUUAAAAUAACUGAACAUAAAACAGAAGCAGUAGCGCGCGAUAUAGCUAGUGGUGUGAAAACAGCUAAAGACAAAGUAGCGACAGACGUUAAAAAAGAUGCUGAAGCCAUAAAACAAAAAGUUUCUUCCGGAGUAGACACAGCUGCGGACACUGCAGCAUCAGCGAAAGACAAGGCUGCGAAAGAAGCUAAGAAAGCUAAGGAAAAAACUGGCGGUUUUUUCUCGAGUUUAUUUAAGGGUGUGAAACACGCGGCAGAUGAAAUGACUGAAGAUGUCAAGGAAUUCGUUGAUGAUACUAAGAAAGAAGCUGCUGAAGAAGAAGCUCGCGCACGCGAAGCGCUAGCAGAAAAGGCGAGAGACAUCGACGCAGCUAAAGAUAAAGCAACUGCGGAAUUAAAAUCAGUAAAAGAUAAUGUCAAAACUACUGUAAAAGAAACGAAGGAUUCAGUUUCUGAGAAAAUAUCUGAAGGAGUACAUAAAGCAUCAGACGUAGGCAAAACUGUAGGUGGAAAAGUUAUCGACGGAGUGAAUAUAGUAGAAGCUAAAACAGAAGCAACCGCACGAGACAUUGCUGAAGGUGCUAAAACAGCUAAAGAUAAAGUAGUUACUGACGCGAAGGAUGCUAAAGAUGCAGUUACAACCGCUGCCAAAGACGCCAAAGACAAGGUGAGCAAGAAAGUAUCCGAGGAUGCACAGAAGGUUACUAGCAUUGGUAAAGCAGUUACUGAUAAAAUAGUUGAAGGAGCCAGGGACACCGAAGCAAAAGUAGAAUCAGCUGCGCGAAGCGUGGCUGAUGACGCAAAAGCCGCAAAAGAUAAGGUUGCUGAAGAGAUCAAGGAAGAGACUGAAAUGGCAAAACAAAAGAUAACAUCUGGAAUAGACACAGUGGUGGAUAGCACAACAGCUGUACAGGAUAAGGCUGGAAAGGAAGUUAAAAAAGCUAAAGAAAAGACCGGUGGUUUUCUGUCAGGAUUGAUCAAAGGUGUCAAACAUACAGCAGAUGAAGUUUCAGGAGACGUCAAAGAAUUCGUUGAUGAGACGAAGAAAAAAGCCGCUGAAGAGGAGAUGCGUGCUCGUGAAGCACUUGCUAGUAAAGCAAAAGAAGUUGACACGGUAAAACAACAAACUGUUGCUGGUAUGGAAGUUACCAAAGACAAAGUUACAGCUGGUGUAAAGGACACCAGGGAUAAGGUUAUCGAGGGAGCGAAAAGCGUAGAAGCAAAAACAGAAACUGCUGUGCGAGAAGUCGCUGAGGGUGGUAAGGCAACUAAGGAUAAAGUAGUUACGGAUAUAAAAGAUGUUGGAGAGAAAGUUUCAACUACUGCAAGGGAUACGAAGGACAAAAUCAGUCAAAAGGUACUUGGUACUGCAUAUGCUAUAUCGGAUGCUGGCAAAGCUGUAAGCGUUCAAGCUACUGAUGCGGUUAAGAAAACGGAAGAAAAAGUAGGAACAGUUAUUCAGGGUACGGCCGAUGAAGCGAAAGCAGCGAAAGAAAAAUUGGUCACAGAAGUUAAGGAGGAUACUUCUAUCGUAAAACAAAAGGUCUCAUCUGGAGUGGACACGGUCGUGAAUGGAGCAAAAACAGCGAAAGACAAAGCUUCGAAGGAGGGUAAAAAGGCCAAGGAAAAAAGUGGAGGCUUCCUUUCUGGCCUCAUUAAAAGCGCAAAGCACGCUGCGGAUGAAGUAUCUGGCGAUGUGAAAGAGUUUAUUGAUGGAACGAAAAAGGAGGCCGUAGAGGAAGAAGCUCAUGCCCGAGAGGUGGCGUCUGGAAAAAUAAAAGAUGUUGAUGCUGCUGUGGGUAAAUCCGUUGCAGAUGCGAGAGCGACCAAGGACAAAGUUCAAACUGGCGUGAAAGAAACUAAAACCAUAGUCAGCACGAAGGUGUCUGAGGGUGUACAGAAGGUAUCGGAUACCGGCAGAGCUGUUGGCGAAAAGGUGUACGAUACCGAAAGAUCUUUCGGAGAAAUGUUACCGAGUCAAGUAGAACAAAGGUACGUCGUAGAUAGCAGCCAACGAGAGAGCGGCGUAGCUGCAUUUUUAGAAGAAAUGAAGCGCGAUGCAGCGUGGGACAAAGUACAUUUUCAAGACGUUCAUUUGUACGAAAACGUCGACACCAUGUACGCCAAGCAAGCGAAGCCCGACCCAAGAACUUCAAAACACGGGAGAGACGUGAAAUCUACAACAGAAAUUGUUACCCCUUUAGUUUUCGGUACACACGAUCCUAUUUUUGGCGUAGGUUCCGAGGCACAGAUCAGACUGUCCGAUGUAAGCACUAGAGGCGAUGAUCGUGUCAGCGAAUCGAUAUCCAAGAAAAUAUCUCGCAUUCCACAAAAAGUUAGUUCCUCGAGAGACCGAUUAACUAGCUCCAGUAGUUCGUCGGAUAGUUCCAGUAGUACGGUUAGAAUAGUAAACGUGAUUAGCGAAGUAGAGCACCUCGAGCCUCACACACGACAGACCGUCACCACAGUCGUAAGAAAGUCUGUGCGGACGGCAGCGACCCCACCACCCAGUCCCGCCGAGUACACUGACAGUAGAAUCGAAGAUGUUACCGAAGAGGCUGCAAGACGAGCACAGAGUCUAGCCGAUCAAGCACGAUCAUCGACGAAAUCAGGGCAUGAUUCGGCUGAGAUUGAUGGGACUGUAGAGAGGCAUGCUACUUCUGCUCCAACAAAGCAACCUGUUCCCGCCCCGCGACACUCUACCAGGUCGUCCAUCGAAACAGAUCUAGAGUUCGGAGAAGCUUCCGAAGUCUACUGCAGGCCGUACAAUCUCAAGUAUAAAACAAACGAGCAAUCGAAGCCGCUCCGAGAAGGGCAUUCCCCGGAGAAAAGCAGCCCAAAAAGUAAAAUACCGGUGAAAGUAAAGAAAUCUAUGGAUAACGAAACGACGGUGAGCAAAACAGUAACAAGUACCGAGUCGAAGGAACGUAAAACACUAAAGUCAGACGACGAUCAGCCAAAAGUGACGAUAGAUUCACUCGCCACGCGGUCGAUAGAUUUAGUAGAACAUACUGACAAGUUGCUCGAGGAGUUGUCAGAGGAGCCGCUUGGCGAGAAAGAAGCGCGACAAUUGGAAGAAGAUAAGGAGAAGAGCGAUUCGAUAAAACCCGAAGUAUCGGACGAAGCGAGACCUACGACUGAAACAGCAGAUACGCGUGAUAAUUUAUUCGAUUCUGAGAAGUUUGAACAGAUAGGUGAAACCGUAAAGAAAGUAGAAACCGUGACAGUCACGACUAAAGAAGAUAGAGAAACAGAUUUAUCCAGACCGGAUAAAUUUGUCACGACAGAGACGACGAUUGUAGAGAAUUUGCCAAGCAGUUACGAUACCGCGACUCGUACAACGAUAUCCAAGGUUCAGAGAAGUGUCACAGACGAAGUGGUCUCGAGGGAGAUCGUGACGAAGACGGUGACCACUGUACGGUGUUUCGCGACCGAAUCAACUGACACGGAACAAACCGGACGAAUCGUACGAGCGAUGGCGGCUAGUGGCGAUUACGGUGAUAUACCGAUGCCAGUUGUAAAAGGCCGCGAUAGUUUGCCGUUCAAUAUCGAACAACUAUCGGCAAAGAUCAUAAAGAGCACUCCCGAGAUGUCUGAGCCGUGGGCCCAUGGCAGUCUGACAGAUCGUUCGUUCCUGAACGACGAGAAAGUAGAGCAAUGGGAGAGCCAACUCUCUCAAGACACGUCGCCUAGUUCCGGUAACGGCGACAUGUAUACUAAAAAUGGUAGCUCGCGGAAUGAUUUAAACAGCGAUACUGAAAGUGACGAUUCACCACGAUCGAGGAGAAGAUCUCCAAGCAAGAGGUGUACAUUGGGCAGUUCCAGCGGGUCUGAUGUAGCACUGCACGAAGGUGCGGAACUGUCCCCGUUGGAGGACGACCAAGGUACCGCACUCACAGCUAACCUUCUAAAAUCUGACUUUUUGCAACUUAGCGAGCCAUCCUACAUGGAAACGACAACGACAGAAGAGGACCCUGAAACUCAGGAAAGAAUAACGAGAACUGUACACGUAAUCACAACGACCAGCGGAACCGCCAGUGGUCCAGACGAAUUGCGAGAGUCCAUGCAGAAGAUCGUCGAUCGAUUCAUGAUGGAAGAAAGGCGAGAACAGUGAAGCAAUAAGGGUCUCGUGGGCGAUUAUUGGAACAAGAAGAAAUUCCUCGUCAUCUGCUAAUCGUGCAUAAUAAAACAAGAAAAAAAUUAAUUAUAAAAAAAAAACAAAUUCUCUAGCACUAAUCGAAGGAAGCACCUGUCUUGUCUGAUUUAACGUAUCCUCGAACGUUAAACGAGACAAUUCUAUAAAUAAAAUAAAAAUAAAAUCAAAAAAUGAAGAGUAUCUAUCUAUCGAUAUAGAUCCUGUUCGCGUCUAUAUCAAAUAAUAUAGCGAAUUAUUCUAUCGGUGCUUGGUGAAAACACAUGAAAAAUAUGCACGACAAUUUACUCUCACACUCAUGGCCUACGCUUCGGAUUUGCUUGCCUUUCGGUUGCAUUAAGUUGCCUUAUAUAUUUACGUUUAAUCUUGCGAUUAAAUAACGUAUGUCGUCGCUAGUCCGACUAGCUGACUUCGCUAGUCUUCACUAAGCCAACCCGUCCAUGUACAACGCCUUUCUCGUGUUGUUCAAAGCGAAAAAAGGAACAGAAAUAGAAAACUAACGAAGGAGCAAACGUUUACAGGAACAAUAUGGACAAAAGCAAUGAAAGAGAAAAAAGAAAAGAAAAAUGAAAUCGUAAAAGAAAAUAUUCGUCUGAGAUGCAGGCCCGACCAAACAUUACGGCGAUAUAUAUUUGAUAGACACUUUUGAAAUAUGAAACAAUAUGAUACGCGAGAUGGAAUCGAAAAAGAGCAGAUGUUCGGUGACUUUGCAUAACUCGCCACUUGGCAGUUCGUUUUAGCUUUAGGAUGAUUGUAUAUCUAUCCGCGCAAUAUACCGCUUGAUAGGUCAGCAACACUCGUGUCACGUUUUUUGAUGAUGAACUGCACACAUACACACACACACAUAUACACAGAUUCUAAAAGAAGAAGCAAAUUCUUGUCGUUAUUCGAAUCAUUGGAAAUUCGGACAAGGUGCAAAAUUGGGAACUUGUUUGGGAACGUGCGAACUAUGCCCGUCUAUCUGCCGAUUUGAAUAGCUACAAGAAAUAAAUGUUUUCAUGGAUCAUAAUACAAUGUAAAUUUAACUUAUUUAAAAGAAUAUUUCCUAACAAUUUUUAAUUGUAUAUAUGAUAAUUUCUUAGCGUAACUUAUAUAAAUGUACUAUUAUACGAUUGUAAUAAUUGCAAGAUUAAAACAUGAAUAUUUUAUUUAUAUAGCGGAAUCAUUGGACAAAUGUUACAUGCAUAAAUCUCGAGAUUGGAGGGAAUGUUAAUCGACGAUCUAUCCUUCGUAUCGCGAUCGUGUAAAUUAUUAAAAUUAUUAAAAUAAAAGAAAAAAGAGAAACGAAAGAGAAGGCAGAUGGCAUCAUGACUAUAGAGAAAAAUGUGUUGUUUAAACUCUUACGACUCGGAACACGUUUUAAUAUUUAAGCAGCGUUAGCUUUCAAUGUAUAACACAAUUUUAAAAGGCACAGAAAGGAAUCGUAUAUAGUAUGUAUUUAAAAGAAAAAAAUAUAUAUAUACAUAUAUACAUAAAUAUACAUACUUUAAAUAAGCUAUUCUAUUAAUGUAUAAUAUAUUGAGAAGAUAUAAUUAUGCAUCUGAAGUUUAUAAAUUAUUAUCUAUAAUGACUGUUAUUCUAUGUUUAAUAGACUUGCCUAGAGCCUAUUUGACCUAAGGACCAAAGGCACAAUCACACACGCAUCAAAAUAAAACAUUAUGCUCCUA